CGGUUAGUUGUUGGGGAAGAAAAAUACAAUACCCUUUUCUUCCUUCUUCUCGAGCUCGGCAAUUCCCAUGCACCAAAUACGUCAUCAUUGCCAGGCUCUGUUUGCAUUUGCAGCAGAGAAAAUAUAACUCAACUUGUUUGUUAUCGAUCAAACAUUAACAGAAGAUACACACACACAAACACGAUGGUUUGGAAAAUUUUUGACAAUCUUGUAGGCUGCAUUCAGACCAAACCAGAGUCAUCAAGGAAUGGUCGGCGAGAUAUAUUUAAACAACGGCAUGAGUACGGGCCUGGUAGUAACUCCGCCAGAAAUUUAUAUGAAGAGGAAGGGGGGGAUAAAGAAGAAUCUGAACGGGAAAGGCCCAAAGAAGGUGAUCAAUAUGAAUCUAUAAAUAAGCAUCUUCACGACUUGCAAUCGGAAACGGAAACGGAAACCAUUGCAACUGCUCCUGGCACCAAAGCUACAGCCACAGCCACAGCCACAGCCACAGUUUUAGACCAGUCUCCAGACGGAUGGCCAACUUGGCUAACUAAAAUUGCUGGCGACGCUCUUGAUGGAUGGACUCCUAGAAGUGCAGAGUCAUAUGACAAACUAGACAAAAUUGGUCAGGGCACCUACAGCAAUGUAUACAAAGCUCGGGACCGUGAGACGGGGAGGAUUGUUGCACUCAAAAAAGUACGAUUUGACACUUCAGAGCAAGAAAGUGUAAGGUUUAUGGCAAGAGAAAUUAAAAUCCUGCGCAGAUUAGAUCAUCCAAAUAUUGUCAAACUGGAGGGGCUUGCCAAGUCAAGGAUGCAGUACAGUCUGUACCUGGUCUUUGAAUAUAUGGAAUCUGAUCUAGCUAGCAUUAUUUCAAGGGCUGAUGUCAAGCUCACAGAAGCUCAGGUCAAAUGUUACAUGCAACAGUUACUUCAGGGGCUGGAACACUGUCAUGAGAGAGGAGUGUUACAUCGUGAUAUCAAGGGAUCUAAUCUGCUAGUUGAUAAGCAUGGUGUUCUCAAAAUUGCAGACUUUGGUCUUGGAACUUUCUUCCGACCACACCAAAAGCAACCUCUUACGAACAGAGUGAUAACACUUUGGUAUCGGCCUCCUGAAUUGCUCCUAGGAGUUACAGAGUAUGGAGUAGCCAUAGAUCUCUGGAGUGCCGGUUGCCUUCUUGGAGAAUUGUUCAGAGGAAAGCCAAUCAUGCCGGGUAGAACAGAGGUAGAACAACUGCAUAAGAUAUUCAAAAUGUGUGGAUCACCAUCUGAAGAUUACUGGAAAAAGCUGAAAUCGCCAAACACAGCGGCCAUGUUCAGGCCACAACAUUGUUAUAAGAGGAAUCUGGGGGAGAGCUUCAAGGAUUUACCCGCCUCAGCAUUAAAUCUCUUGAAUACGCUUCUUGCCCUCGACCCACCUGAUCGGGGUACCGCAUCUCGAGCCUUAAUGACCCAAUUCUUCACAACAAGUCCUUUACCAUGUGAUCCUUCAUGCUUGCCAAGGUUCCCUCAAGUUAGGGAUUUAGACACAAUUAUCCCACCUGAAGGAAGAAGGCAUAGAAGUGGAAAAACACGCACUCACAAGCAUCGAAACACAAGAAAUAAAAAGGAUCAUAACAUUAUCAAAGAUGGACAAGAGGAAAUGAUGACAUCAAUUGAGGAAAAAUAUCAAACUACAUCAAGUGAGUUAGAUUCAAAUAGAUAUAGUUUUCAUGAGCUUAAUUCUAGUUCAUCUAGUGGCUACAACAUGAAUAUGGACAUAAACAAAAAUCAACAAAAUGAAGGUGAUGACUUAUCUCCAAUCUCACCGCCAAAAGACUAUUCCAAGAAAAGGUCACCGAAUUUAGAUCGCCAUCCAAAAUUUAUACCUCCCCCACCUUCAUCGCGCUUUACUUCAUUAAAAGGAAAGUCUCUUUCUGCUUCAAACUUUUCCUUAAUUAGAAAUCAACAACAAUUAUCUACCAAUCUUGCAGCUGUCUGUGAUGAUUCUUCAAAUGAAAAUAUUUCCAAGUAGAGAUUAUUUCAAUUGUAACAAAAACAAAGAAUAAUUUCUAGAUAUUUCUUUUUUCUCA